GCGAGCGGUUUGCACAGCGAUCUCGCUGGUUUAUUCAUAUAUAUGUAUUUAUAAACAUAUAUAUAUUUUUUUGUUAGUUUUCAGUUCGAUUUUGUGGUUGCAGUUGCGCACGCGCGUGGAUUUUGAUUUUUUGUUUUAGAACCGCUAGUUAACCAGCGCGAACUUCUACAGCUGAUUAAUUAAACAAUAAAAGAAAAGAAUAUAGGAAAAAAAAGCGACUUACCAAGGGUCUAACCUGUUUGGGUAGCGACUCAACUCAGUCCAGCCGGCAAUGCCUUGGGCUCUGGCUCAGCUUUAGUGGCAGCUCCAACGUAAAAAGGCUUUCAGAAUCGGGAUCGGAGAUCGUAAACGGGAUCGCAAACAUAAACCUUUAGCCAUGCCCUACAAUCUGUGGCUGCGACGGCGCCUUCAGCUGCUGGCCUCGUUGCUCUUUUGCGGAUUACUCGGCUAUCUCACAUCGGAGGCUGUGGCCAAGCCAACGCUGUCCUUUAGCCUGCCACAGGGCCUCCAGGGAUUCCCCUCGUUCCAGUCCUUUACCCAGCAGAUCAUCGAGCAGCGCAGCGUGCGCCAGAUGAAGAAGUACAGCGGGAAGCGGUUGAGCAACGAUUCACUCAUUAUGAUAUACUAUCACGAUCAGACCAUAGCCGUUACGGAGCUGGGGCCCCAGAAGCUGCUCCUAGGCUGCGAGCUCAUCGAAAUCUACAACGAGAAGGAGGGCAAGAUGCUUCUGGACGGCCUCUCCCACUAUAACCGCCCCUUGGAGAUCAAGUUCGAUGAGAUGCUCAAACUGAUGGACCAGUGCGAGCAUGUGGACAAGCUGAGCUAUGCCUCCAAGUACAAGGCCUCCAAGCUGGAGACCAGCGGCGGCGAGCGGAGCAGCAGCAGUGGCAGCGAUACAUCCUCAACGGCAGUGAGCCUGAAAUUUGGUGCCAAUAUCCUUCCACGCAGUCCCAUCUCCCUGCUCAGCGGGAUAAUACCAGGCACCAAGUGGUGCGGCACUGGAGACAUUGCCGAGACUUACGGCGAUCUGGGCAGCGAAAUGGCCAUGGAUCGAUGCUGUCGCCAGCAUGAUUUGUGUCCUGUAAAGAUUCGGGCCUAUCAGCACAAAUACGAACUGGCGAAUGAUUCCCUGUACACCAAAUCGCAUUGCAUUUGCGAUGACAUGCUCUUCUCCUGCCUGAAGAUGACCAACACCUCGGCCUCGCAGCUAAUGGGCUCCAUUUACUUCAAUCUGGUGCAAGUGCCCUGUUUGGAUGGACGCAGCAAUACGUACAAGUUCCGGGCAGCCAAGGAGGGUUUCUAG